UUCCAUGAAAAUCAAGAAGGGGAAAGAAAACCCUAAUACCUAUUCCUAUUUUUGUCGACUUUGAGUGUAGAAAUCAAAGCAAACCCUCAACUGGACGACAUGGGUUCUGAACAGAAUCAAGGAACUAGCUUUCCCCCUUCGGAGCCGAAGCUUUGCGCCAACGGUUGUGGGUUUUUCGGCACGGCGGCGAAUAUGAACCUCUGCUCCAAGUGUUACCGCGACCUCCGUGCCGGGGAGGAGCAAGCGGCGAAGGCGAAAGCUGUCAUGGAGAAAUCCCUCAGUGUCAACGCGAAAGACGAGGUCGUCGUUGAAGCGAUUAAGCCGGUUGAGGAGUUGCCUUACGAGGGUUCCUCAUCGACGGCGGUUGAGCAACAACCGGCCGUGGUCCUCACCGGCAAUGAAAAACCGGUGCCGAAGUUGUCGAACAGGUGCUUUAUCUGCAAGAAGAAGGUGGGAUUGACUGGGUUCAAGUGCCGUUGCGAGAGUACAUUCUGCGGCGAGCAUCGGUACCCGGAGAAACACGAGUGCUCCUUUGAUUUCAAGGGAACCGGACGUGAUGCGAUUGCCAGUGCGAAUCCCGUCAUUAAAGCCGAAAAAGUGGAGAGGUUCUGA